AAUAUGCAAUAGUGUAUGGCAGAAGGCUAAUUCUGUAUAAUCUGUUAUACAUUAUUUUAAAUUUAUUUUAUAGUAUAUUAUUUAAUUACUAUUUUUAUUUUACAAAAAUGAAUGUUUAUUGUAUAACAUUUCAUAAUCUUUCAUGCUUCAGUGGUUCUAUAUAUAUUGUUUCUCCUUGUUGCACAGGAAAGUUAAAAUGGUGGAUAUUGUAAUGCAAACAAUGCCUGCAAAAAGUGAAGUACAUGUUGCCAGAAACUUUCUCACCAAGAUUUUAAGAAGUUCUAUGAGGUAUUGUCCAGCUGUUGCUGUCUGUUUCGUGACCCCAGCCCUGCAUGACCCUGUAGACCCGAGUAUCACAUCCUUUGCCAUGUGCUGUGUUCGCUGUAGGUGUGCUGUUCACGUGGAAGAUGGGGAUUACAUGUUAAAGAUGAUUAUCGUGUUUCAUUUUCACUGGCUUCUGUAGAACCCGUGACAUCAGUGCAGCAUCUUCAGUGUUUUCUGUUGUCUUGUUGAUGAAAGUUGAUUAUAUGUCAAAAAUAAACUGCUUGUGUUUAUAGUGUUUAUCUGAUUGUCCCCCUCCUUUUGGUCCUCACAUGCAUUUCAGGAAAAAACACUCCAAAGGGAGGAAUGAAUCAUCAUGUAAACGCCAUUCGUUGCACUCCGCUAAAUCUACAGAUAACCCCACCAUCUACAACCCCAAAUCUGGACCUAACCCUGUACCUGACCUCACUUCGCAGACAAAAUAUGAUCCAGGGUCACCCUCAAAAGACUUCGCCAGCUGUUGGGGACAGACCAAUCUGCGACAAGUAUCCUUCCAGUUAAGCUCUAUUGGAAAUAUGGAAAGUGUAGAGCCCUCAUCUCCCUCUUUCUCUAAAGAGCACCCUUUAUUGAGCAAAUCCACUGGUGAAGCAGAUCACCCAGUGCUUGAGAGUGUCAACAGCAAACCUACUUCUGCAUGUAACCCAUUUUUAUCAGGCACAGCCGACCAUGGUACUCCUCGGGCUAGCACAGAGGGGAUGUUUUAUAGAGGCAUUCCCAGUGAUCUAGGAGUUCCCAAUGACUUCCAUAGAUGCCUACCGAUCCCAAUUGGCAAUGGUGGACGAGUGAGUCCCAGCGUGGAGGAGCAAGCUAGCUCCGAAUUGUCCUCCAAAGGGAAAUCCAACCAUAGACCUGUGUGGCAUAUUCCUGAGAACAAGAUGUCCACUACUCAAGCUCCUUCUCCACCCUUGCGUAGUGAUAGUUUCACUGCCACCAGAGUUCAUGAGAAGAGCUUGGUGGGAUCAUUCCCUGAAGGACUUUCUGUUCAUCCGUCAAAGAAACCUUACUGCAAAGCUGUUGACGGGUAUGAAGCGAGACUCGGCUACAAUCCAUCUCCAAAAAAGGACUUUCUUCAGCCGUGUCUUUUGGUUAAGGACUACCCUAAUGAGUUAAUCCCUACCCAACUCUUUUCCAAUUCAAGCACUGAUGUCAGACAAGGCCAGAAUCCAUUUACAUAUGAACUUCAGCAUCAGAGACAGCACAGCGAUGAUAGAACCUUUUCUGCCUGCCCCAAAUCUGCAUGUUCCCCAAAGACCCAAAGUGUUGGGAGCUACUACCAAAGUCUUCAAGAUUUGCCCACCAACACUGGCAGGCGAAAUCAAACCAGAACCUCCAUGGCCUUUGACCCUAACCAUGAGGGCCAGGCUCAUUUCCGUUACUACUGCAUCACUGCCCAGCAGCCAUACUUGGAAUCACCUAUGCAGAGUUGGUUGGGAGAUGAACGGAGGUCUAAAAUGGGGACCUCCCAAGGUGCCACAAGCAGAACCUUUGUUGGUUCUCAAAAGGUUGUGAAGACAGAGUAUACCCAGCCGUACCUCAGUGUAUGUGAGAACAAGAACUCCAAUGCUUACAGCAAAGAGGCCAUCAGUCCUCCUUUAUCUCAAGCCAUGUCCCCUGUAACAAACCAUCUGAUUUCAGAGUCCAGCUCCGGGGAAAGAGAGACUCCAAUUAAGAAAGAGGGAAUUAAGCUGCAGUCUUCUAGGCAUGUACCAAAUUUACAGACGGAGCAGAAGAACUCUGUGUCCACUUACCAACAGGACAAUCCAUGGAUCAUCAAGCAGGAUCACAAGAUCUCUCCACACAAGACACCCAUGUUUCACUCUUUUGCCCAGGAGAGCAAGAAGAUAGCAGAAAAAUCAGUAACAUCCAAAGGAGGUGGUCAAAAAUCAAGUGAUGCCAUCUGUGGCAAACAGGGAAGACAGAGUGACCGCUAUGCCACAACACUACGCAACAAGAUCCAACAGAAGAAAGCCCAGCUUCAGAAAAGCAGAAGUGCCACUACCUUGACCUGCUCAAGUGAAGUUGAGGAGGACUCUGACAUCUGGAAGUCCAAUGAGACCUCCACAUCAUCAUCUGAUGGUUCCUUCUCCAACACCUACAAGGAUCAUCUAAAGGAAACCCAAGCCAAAGUUCUGAAGGCCACCUCAUUUAUGAGGAGGGACCUGGAGCUUCCCGGGAAAGAAGUUGUGCUUGGUCAACUUACCAAAAAACCUGGGCCUGUUCAAGGGCAAGUCACCCGCAUUGGGGGGCGUAAAAGGUUUCCAAUGGAUAAAAAGAUGCAUUCCUUCUCUGCACCGAACAAGAUCAAUGAAGUAGGAGUUGAGGAUAAGGCAGCUGGGUCCUUUGUGGACCGACAUAAGUUGUUUGAAGUGUCCUGCAAACCAGUUCUCCAAAAGCCCAUUCCAAACCAAACCCUGCUAAGCCCCACUGAAGACCACAGUGAGAAAAAGUCUAGAUUAACUGAAGACAGUGAAAACAUCAGUCAGUCGCCCUUAAAACAGAGUAAAUCAAGUCAUGCUGACCUUAAUACAGAAGAGCAACAACAACUUGGUACAUUUGCGGAAUAUGAAGCUACAUGGAAAAUGCAGAAGAAGCUAGUGGAAAGAAUAACAACAGGCAGAUAUCAUUCAGUUGAAAACAACCUGGACUCAGGCUUUGAGGAAUUCAACUGCAGAGUGUGUAUUCAUGAAAGAUCCUGUUCCUCCCCUUCUGCAGAAUUCUACGGACAGAAAAUUCCUCUGCCACCCAGAAAGUCUCUUGUUGAAUCUCCACCUGAUCCCAAAGACCAACAGGACAAACGUAUCCCUAGUGUAUCCGAAAAAGAGCAUGGUCCACCCAGCAACUCCAAGCCUCUAAAGUCCUUCACACGGAAUGUUCUGAAAAGUGAUGCAGAUCCCCUUUCCUCCAACCAGAAAUCCAGACUUGAUAACAGGCAUUCUUCACCAUUCUUCUCACAUCAUUUCCAGGUUCCAGUGUCAAGGCAGCUGUUUCCUAAAAACAAAAGUCCUGAACCGCCAAGGUCUGCCCAACCCAGACAGCAGGAAACUACAUGCCAUUUCAGCGCCUCUCAGGAAGUUAGGAUUCAGACCAAUUCCCCUGAGCCAAAUCAGAGACAAUGUCCUUCAGAACAUCUGGAGAAAGACAAAAGCCCAACUGCUGCAACAGAGGACAAUCAGAGAUCAGACACCGAGGGGAUGUUAUCACACAUGCUAUGUCUUUUAGGCCAUUCCUCCAUUUCUUCCAAACAGAACAUUGACCUGACAGUAACCUCAGCCAACAGAACGGGUUCUCCUUCUCUUCGGUUCCUUCUACAGAGGCUCACAGAUGAACCAUCUGCAGCUGUGCAGAAAAGGGAUCCAUGCAGGGUGGAGGACAAUUUGGCAUCAUCAGUGUCAUUAGUGAGCAGUUCGUCGUAUUAUAGCACAUCUGCACCUAAAGCAGAGCUGCUCAUAAAGAUGAAGGACAUGCAGGAACACACGGAGGAACAGGAUUCAGAGGACGAACUUGAUUAUGACCUUUCCAACAAGAAGCAAGAGUUGAUUGACAGCCUAAGUAAGAAGCUGCAGGUGCUUCGAGAGGCUCGUGAAAGCCUGCAGGAAGAUGUGCAGGACAAUAACAUCCUGGGAGAGGAAGUGGAGGCCACUGUAUUGACCGUAUGCAAACCCAACGAGCUGGAGAAGUUCUGCAUGUUCGUCGGUGACCUGGAGAAAGUGGUCAGUCUGCUUCUGUCUCUGUCCGGUCGAUUGGCCCGCGUGGAAAACGCCUUGAACAACCUGGAGGAGGGAAUAUCACUGGACGAGAAGCACACUUUGACUGAGAAGCGCAAACUGCUGAUUCGCCAGCAUGAAGACGCAAAAGAGCUGAAGGAGAACUUGGACCGAAGGGAACGUCUGGUUUAUGAGAUUCUGGCCAGUCACCUCAACGAAGAGCGUCUCGCAGACUACCAGCACUUCGUCAAAAUGAAGUCAGCGCUCAUCAUUGAGCAGCGUAAACUGGAGGAUAAGAUCAAACUGGGUGAAGAGCAGCUCAGAUGUCUGAAGGACAAUCUGUCGCUGGACCAGAGACUUCUGUACUGAACGCUGGACUGAACCAUAUUAAGUUCAGCCUCUUGUUGGAAACGACUCUAAGCAGAAGUAUUUCAUAUCUGCUUGUGUGCAUUGGUGAAGAAUUUCAACUCUGCUUUAAAAGUACUUUUCAAGUGUCUGUACUUUAUCAAUGUUUUUCUUUAGAUAACUUAACUUCAUAACAUUCCAAAGCAUAAUAUUGUACUUUUCACUGCGCUAUGUUUCAUAUU